UCACCAUCAUUCAAGGCCGGGUGUUCAAGAUGAUAGCCAGUGUUUUACAGUAUCUUGUUGAGAAUCCUUACCUAUUAGGCAUUACAGUUCUAUUGACUGUUUUUAUUCUUGCCUUAUCUGUGUUAUUUUCUGGACCGAAACCGGCAAAAAACCCAUUCUGUCCCAAACAUGUACGACCAGUGGGGCAUCUUGUCAGUGACCAGAAAGAAAGAGACCGGGUUCUCAAACAAAGAUUCAAGGCAGAUAAAGUCCCAGAGAACCUGGACACAGUGAUCAUUGGGAGUGGGAUUGGAGGUCUGAGUGUGGGGGUUCUGCUUGCUCGUGCCGGCAAAAAAGUGCUUGUGCUAGAGCAACAUGACCAGGCUGGAGGAUGUUGCCACACCUUUCAUGAUAAAGGGUUCGAAUUUGAUACAGGUGUCCAUUACAUUGGGAAAAUGGAACCACAUGAUGAUGAUCGAGUGUUGAUGGAUCAGGUGACAGGUGGGCGUGUGGAGUACCCCAGGAUGGACGAAGCAUAUGAUAUUGUUGCAAUGGGAGAUCCCCAUCAAGAGAAAGUGAGGAAAUACCCCUUUUUGUCUGAUGAGAAGAAACUGAAAGAAAAUCUCAUAAGAUGCUUUCCAAAAGAAAAGGAUGCCAUUGAAAGCUUUUUCAAACUUUUGAGGGAAUCUAGAAACUUCUUUGAGGGUUACUUUGUGCUGAAGCUUUUGCCAAAAUGGUUAGCCAGACUGUUAAUAUCCACUGGACUGUUCAACAUUGUCUUCAAGUCUUAUGCCAAGUUUGGGAGGAUCACACUGAAGAAGGUUCUGGAAGAACUUACAGAGGAUGAGGAGCUGAAAGGGACACUUUCUUAUAUCUUUGGAGAUUAUGGUGUGGUACCUUCAAGGUGUCCAUUUGGACUCCACACCACUGUGAUGAGGCACUACUUUUCUGGGGCUUACUACAUCAGGGGUGGACCCAGUGAAGUUCCUUUCCAGAUGGUACAGGUCAUUGAAGAAUUGGGAGGAAAGGUCCUAGUCAAUGCCCCCGUGUCAGAGAUCAUCAUGAAUUCAGGCAGAGCUGUGGGUGUGAAAGUUCAGAAAGGUGACAGCCAGGUAGAAAUUUAUGCUGAGAACAUUGUGACAGAUGCAGGAGUUUCCAAUACUUUUCUCUGUAUGCUGCCCAAAGAGGUGGCCACAAAAUCCAGUUUGUACCCUCUGAUUAACAAGCUGGGAGAAAGCCUGUCUUAUAUGACAGUCUUUAUUGGACUGAAUGGAACCAAAGAGGAACUAGGAAUUCAAGCCCAUAACUGCUGGAGCUUCACCAGACCGGAUUUGGAGCAGGCAUUUCAGGACUACAUAGGUAUGCCGCUGGACAAGGUGCGAGAUGCUGAGGUCCCCAUGAUGUUUGUCUCCUUCCCAUCGGCCAAAGAUCCCACCUGGCAUGACAGAAACCCAGAUAAAUCAACUUGUCUGCUGAUCACCCUGUCCAAGUAUUCCUGGUUCCAGCAGUGGGAGGAGGGCAGGGUCAAGCACCGGGGCGAGGAUUACGAGGACCUGAAAACCAUCAUUGGCAAGAAGAUGCUGCAGCACUGCAUCAAGCUAUACCCAAACAUUGAAGGAAAGGUAGAGUACUUUGAUGUGGGGACCCCCCUCAGUAACAAAUAUUACCUUGGAUUCCAACAUGGAGAGAUGUAUGGCCUGGAUCACAACAUGCAGAGGUUUCUGCCGGAACCCGCCAUUCAGCUACGAGCAAAGACGGACAUUCCAGGACUUUAUCUCACAGGUCAGGACAUCAUGUCGGCAGGUUUGACUGGGGCUCUCUUUGGGGGUUUGCUGUGUGCCUCUGAACUUCUGCAUCGCAACUUGUACAAUGAUCUCCAAGCCCUUAAAAAGGAACUUAAAAAAUCAUCUUAAAUAUAUUUAAUUAUUAAAGGGAUCCACGGUUACAUACAGUGGUUGACAUGAAGAAUUAAGCAGACACACUUCACCAUUUUUGUCAGACAUUUUAUUGUAUCCUGAUUAUGCCAAAUAUAUACAUGUAUGUGCACUAGGCAUUAAGUAGCACAAGUUUAAAAAUUGUAUGUUGCACUGUGAUUUUUUUUUCUCAUUUAUAUUGUUGCUAUUUAUUGUAUUCUAUUACCUGAUGCUUGUGUCAAAAUGAUUUUUUCAUUGAAAUUAUUUAAACAACAAUUUGUCUAAGGUUCUAUUUUCAUUUUUUAUAAAUUUUAUUUUUUAAACUGUUUUUCACUAUUUUACUGGCAGUUGUAAAUCUUUUCUAUAUAAUGAUUUUGAUAUUCUUUUUAGUACAAUAUUAAAUCUUUCAUUAAAAAAAUGUGAUUUUUUAAGAUGUUUUUACUUUUACUAUGAAUUCAUUAUAUAAUGUUAAGAAUAUUUGUAUUAUACAAUGUAUGUAUGUACAUUUACUGGUGAGAUGAAUGGUUAACUCAGACUAAGAAUAACUAAAAGUGUUACAUCAUUAUUCUUUGAGUUCAAUGGUUUCAUGCAGUCAAAAAAAUCAAUUGUUCAUCAAAUUGACAUGACAAGUAUUUGUUUUGAUAGAGUACUGCAAACCAACUUUUAUUUGCACGUGCAACUUUAAUUUGCGAUUUACUUCCGUCACUGAUUCGUGAUGACUAAUGUUCACGACCAAGCCUUAUCCAGACUCGUU